UAGGCAGGAAUUAUUAUAACAUCGCGCCUGUUUCCCACAUCUUGAUCUCCUCGAGGAAGCUCGUGGCAAGCGAAGGAAGGGCCCGACGAUGGCGCUGGACGUGUAUAAGCUAGGUUUUGUUGGCGCUGGAAACAUGGCGGAGAGCAUCGCGCGCGGGGUGGUGAAGUCCGGUCUCCUUUCCCCCACCUCGAUCCGAACCUAUCACAGUCGACCGAAUCGACAGGCGGAUUUCCUGUCUUUCGGCGUCGAGAUAUUGGAGUCCUCCGGCCAGGUGGUUGCUGACAGUGACAUAGUAAUUCUCUCUGUGAAACCACAAGUUGCUAAAAAGGUUCUUUUAGAGCUGAAGCCAUUAUUUACAGAUGAUAAACUUCUAGUAUCAAUUGCUGCUGGUAUUAAGAUCAAAGAUUUGCAGGAAUGGUCUGGCCACGGCCGAAUAAUAAGAGUGAUGCCGAAUACCCCUUCAGCUGUUGGUGAAGCAGCUUCAGUCAUGUGCAUGGCAGAUAUGGCAACGAAGAAGGAUGAGGAACGAGUGGCUAGUUUAUUUAAAGCCGUUGGAAAGGUAUGGACGGUUGAUGAAAAAUACUUCGAUGCUGUAACUGGCCUGAGCGGCAGUGGCCCAGCCUAUGUAUAUAUUGCAAUAGAGGCUUUGGCUGAUGGUGGUGUAGCUGCUGGUCUUCCUAGAGACCUUGCUCUUGCUCUUGCAUCUCAGACGGUCUUUGGCGCCUCUGCCAUGGUCAACAACACAGGGAAGCACCCUGCCCAGCUGAAAGACGCAGUUACAUCGCCGGCAGGAACCACCAUAGCCGGCAUUUAUGAACUCGAGAAGGCCGGAUUUCGUAGCGCACUGAUGAGCGCUGUCAUUGCUGCUACAAACCGAUGCCGCGAACUAUCAUAAGGUGCACACGCCCUACUCAUUGAAAAAUUAUUCCAUACGAACAUCAUAUGCAAAAAUGCAUACGCAUAAAUGCAUGCGGUGUCCGAUAACCAUUUUACCUUAAAAGUUAAAAACUUUAUUUUUCUUUUUUUUUUAAAUAUUAUCAUUUUUAAUCAAUAUAUUAUGCUUCGAUAUUAGCUAUGACAAAAAUUUUGAAAAUAUGCUUGUGCAUUUCAUUGAAACCUAAUAUGUUGUUGCUUCAUUUGAGUGAAUUGCGAGGGAAAAAGCAGAGAAGUUUAAUGAGAAAUUGUUAAUCCUGAUUGUAAAAUGUGUUGGGGAUGCCUGGAUUUAUACUCCUUUAUUUUUAA